CAAUAUCAUCUUAAACUUCGCUUACAAAAAAGAGAGGACGGAAACAACACAGAGAUUCCAGGAUCUGGUGCCCUCCUUUUUCCUUCCCUAUUGUUUGUGAUUUGUGUGACCAAUUCUUUAUUCACAUUCACACCACAAUAUUAGCUAUUUUUUAUAUAUAUUAUUUUUUUCAUGGAAAUGAGUGAAAUGAAUGAAUGAAAACACCACCAUCGCUCUUAUCUCUCACCAUUGACUCAGCCGUCCUUAAUCUCUCCGACAUCUCCGAUCUCUCUCCUAUCCCUGAUCACAUCCUCCUCGACCUCUUCCUGAGAAUAUUGAAAGCUGGAAAGCUGACUGAGAAAGUUCUGAGACUGUUUAUAGCAACUGGUAAGGAUGAAGUCCUCUCACUAGUUCAGGCACUGAAUAUCCAACAUAUUUUGACCCCUGUGCUUCCUACCACAACUAUCAACGAUAAUGAAGUGGACAUUGUGAUUGGUGCACUGCACUCUGACCUUGCAUCUUUUAUGAAUGAAUGGAAGCCAAUUUUCUCCCGUUUCCACUUGAUCAUAAUCAAAGAUCCUGAACUCAAGGAGGAACUCCAAAUUCCUGAAGGCUUUAGUGCAGAUGUCUAUACAAAAUCUGAUAUUGAGCGAGUGGUGGGUUCUUCCACUUCUGUUCGCUUCUCUGGCUACUCUUGUAGAUAUUUUGGCUUCCUAGUUUCUCGGAAGAAGUAUGUUGUCUGUAUUGAUGAUGAUUGUGUUCCAGCAAAAGAUAACACAGGAAUUUUGGUAGAUGCCGUGGCUCAGCAUAUUGUGAACCUCAGGACUCCUGCCACCCCUUUCUUCUUUAAUACACUAUAUGAUCCAUUCCGUAAGGGUGCGGAUUUUGUUCGUGGGUACCCAUUUAGCCUGCGAAGUGGGGUUGAUUGUGCUUUGUCAUGUGGAUUAUGGCUCAAUCUGGCAGACCUUGAUGCACCAACACAAGCUCUGAAGCCAGAACAAAGGAAUUUGCGAUAUGUAGAUGCAGUUCUGACUGUUCCUGUGAGAGCCAUGAUGCCUGUGAGUGGAAUCAACAUUGCCUUUAACCGCGAAGCAAUCGGCCCAGCAUUAGUCCCAGCUUUGAGGUUGGCAGGGGAAGGAAAAUUGAGGUGGGAAACUGUGGAAGAUAUAUGGUGUGGAAUGUGUGUAAAAGUCAUAUGUGACCACCUAGGCCUUGGUGUGAAAAGUGGGUUGCCCUAUGUUUGGAGAACAGAAAGAGGUAAUGCCAUAGAGAGCUUGAAGAAAGAAUGGGAAGGGGUGAAAUUGAUGGAGGAAGUUGUUCCUUUCUUUCAGUCAGUAAGGUUGCCACAAUCAGCAACUACAGCAGAGGAUUGUAUGGUUGAGAUGGCCAAAACAGUGAAGGAGCAACUAGGGAAGGUUGAUCCUAUGUUUUCUGUUGCUGCAGAAGCCAUGGAAGAGUGGGUCGAGAUCUGGAAGUCGGUCGGAUCUGGCCAAAGCUCCUGAACUUUGUGAUUGGUGUGGUCUGGAUUUUUUCAUCUUCUCAUGAGGACUCUUGUGGGAGUGAAGGUUAUUGCCUUACUGGCUUCCAUAUUUCUUUAUUUUAUUUAACUAAUUUAUCUGCUUUAUUUCAAGUUUGUAGUCAACUAAGCAUACUUUUUACCAGACACUGUUAGAUUGAAGGCAGAAUAAAAUGAUAGUACUUAUUGGCUUUGUGAUAAUUGAAUAAAUGCUUUGUCUUGCUUUA